AUGUAUCGGAAGUUGUCUAAGUUAGAACACUCGGAAAUAAAACAACUUCUUACAGAAGCUAAUAUAGAUGUUGCAAAGCAUUACGCAACAAACAAAAAAGCACUCGCUGACAUCCUCAAUGACUAUAAUGGUGCAAUAAGUUAUGAUAGAAUUCAUGAGUUCAUAAAGCCGCAACGCGGCGAGGACGAAGUCCAUGCAAGAGCAUUUCCUUUAAAUGACAUUGCUAUUGACUUAUAUCAUAGACGUUCAGUACCUCAUGAAGUAAGAAGAGAAAUGUUUGACAUAACAAAUGCAAACGUUGGUGAAACAAGAAGAAGAGACGACACACUGAAACAACAGAGAAGAGAGAUGUUUAAGAGCGCUAUAGAACAAGUUCGCAAAGCUAACGAUGUCAUUCGUUCCAUUGACGACAAACCAAAAGAAGGUGAGAGAUGGUUAAAGAAAGAUGAAGAGAAUAGGAAGAGAAUGUUAAGACAGGCAA